AUGGUGAAUGCAGCUUGCAGGGCUUGGAUUGUGGCAGCAAGUAUUGGAGCUGUUGAGGCUCUGAAAGACCAAGGAAUUUGCAGAUGGAAUGGGGUUUUGAGGUCACUGCAACAGCAUGCCAAGAACAACAUGAGAUCAUAUUCCCAGGCCAAGAAACUCUCUGGGUCUUCUUCUUCAGCAAUUUCUAACAAGAUGCAGAGGUCACAGGAGGAGAAGGUGAGGAAAGUCAUGGAGUUGAACUGCUGGGGUCCUAACACUACUAGGUUUUAG